AUGGCUGCAGGCAUCGGUCAGUAUUGGCUAGAUGGAAUAGAUGAUGUUGUUGAAUCCGAAUGGCGCUGGGCAUCAACAUAUGGUAAAAUAGAGCCAACAUUUUGGUACCCUGGAGAACCAAACCAACUCACAACAGAGGAAGUUUUACCACCUUCUGUUAAUAAGUCACAUGUUGAAUUUAUAUGUGGGAAUGAUAUCAUUGAAUAUUCUACUACUUAUACAUAUUUAGGUUUAGUUUUAAGUGAAUUUUUAGAUUAUAAUGUAACUGCUGAAGCUGUUUCAGCAUCUGCAAAUAGAGCACUUGGCCUUGUUAUAGCUAAGUGCAAAAUCUUUGGUGGUGUUACUCAUAAUGUCUUUUCAAAAUUAUAUGAGAGUUCGGUGCUUCCAAUUGUUGAAUAUGGUGCUGGACGUUUCUGGCUAGAUGGGAUAGAUGAUGUGACUGAAUCUGACAUGCGAUGGGCGUCAACUUAUGGCAAAAUAGAGCCAAUAUUUUGGUACCCUGGUCAACCAAGCGAUUCUUCAGCUAAUGAAGAUUGUAUGGAAACUUAA